AACAGUCUUCCCCCACACCUACUGACACCUCCAAAAUUCUUAGAGAGAGAAACCCACACAAAAACCAGAAGCAAAAGCAACCCCAUUUCUCUCUCUCUCUCUCCCUUGAUUUAUACCAGUCUCAGUGUUUAGAGAGAGAGAAGAAAACCCAGAUUAACGAACCCAAAAUCGUGGUCUACUCCAGUCUCUUUCUGGUUCUGCACCGUCUCAUGUGUAUUUAUACACAUAUUUGAGCUGUGGGUAUUUUCCAAUUUUGGGUUACUGUUUGUGGAAUGUGCGUUUUGUGAGAUUUGGAGCCCUAGCGGGGUGGGUUGUGGAUCCUGGGGGAGAUUUGGCAUUUGGAUGUGAGGGAAGACAGAAUCGUGUAGAUCGGGUUAUGGCGGAGAUUUCUGGCGACGGAGGAGGGUUCUUGGCGGCGGCGGAGGUCAGCAAUGGGCAGCCCACGCCGACUCCGAUGCCGACACCGAAUCCCACGCCCUUUACGGUCUCGGGAUCUUUCAAGGAGGGGAAGGGCUCGUCCAGGAGGCGGACGUCGGUGCGACCGAGUAUGGACGCCGACGACUUCUUCAACUUGUUGCACGGCUCGGAUCCGGUGAAGGUGGAGCUCAAUCGGCUCGAGAAUGAAGUGCGAGAUAAGGAUAGGGAGCUGGGGGAAGCUCAGGCGAAGAUCAAGGCUUUGAAGUUGUCUGAACGACUGAGAGAAAAGGCAGUUGAAGAGCUGACUGAAGAACUUUCGAAGGCUGAUGAGAAAUUAAAAUUGACAGAGUCUCUUCUUGAAAGCAAGAAUCUUGAAAUAAAGAAAAUCAAUGAUGAGAAGAAGGCCUCGAUGGCAGCGCAAUUUGCUGCUGAAGCCACUCUUAGGAGGGUACACGCUGCUCAAAAGGAUGAUGACAUGCCUCCAAUCGAAGCCAUUCUUGCACCUUUGGAGGCUGAGCUCAAGCUUGCACGACAAGAGAUUGCAAAGCUUCAAGAUGACAAUAAAGCACUGGAUCGCCUAACCAAACAAAAGGAAGCUGCUUUGGUUGAAGCUGAGAGGACUGUUCAAGUUGCCCUGGCCAAGGCCUCUAUGGUGGACGAUCUACAGAAUAAAAAUCAGGAGUUAAUGAAACAGAUAGAGAUUUGCCAGGAAGAAAAUAAAAUCUUGGACAAGAUGCACAGACAGAAAGUUGCAGAGGUUGAAAAAUUAACGCAAACUGUGAGGGAGCUGGAGGAGGCUGUUCUUGCUGGUGGUGCAGCAGCAAAUGCUGUGAGAGAUUAUCAGCGCAAAGUUCAGGAGAUGAAUGAGGAAAGGAAAACUCUCGAUAGAGAGUUGGCUCGUGCAAAAGUAACAGCCAACAGAGUGGCUGUAGUUGUAGCAAAUGAAUGGAAAGAUGCAAAUGACAAGGUUAUGCCAGUAAAACAGUGGCUUGAAGAACGAAGAUUUUUGCAGGGAGAAAUGCAGCAACUCCGUGACAAGCUUGCUAUAUCUGAGCGAGCUGCAAAAUCUGAAGCGCAAUUGAAAGAAAAGUAUCAAUUGCGACUUAGAGUGCUUGAAGAGAGUUUGAGAGGGUCUUCUGGUAGUAAUAAUCGAAGUACUCCAGAGGUAAGAAGUGUAAGCAAUGGCCCCUCUCGUCGGCAAUCUCUGGGUGGAGUUGACAACAUCUCAAAAUUAACCUCCAAUGGAUUUUUAUCCAAAAGGACACCAGGUUCUAGAUCAUUGUCCUCGAGCAGUAGCACAGUAUUAAAACAUGCUAAAGGCACAUCAAAAUCAUUUGAUGGAGGUACGAGGUCAUUGGACCGAGGAAAGGUGUCAUUAAAUGGACUUCUACCCAGUUAUUCAUUCAAUCAGUCCUGUGAUGCAAGCAAGGACAGUGAGGUAAAUAAUGAUUGGAAAAGUAAUCCUGAUGAAAAGGGGAAUGAGUCUCCAACUCUUGAGACUGAAGACAGUGUUCCAGGCAUGUUGUAUGAUUUACUUCAAAAGGAGGUUAUAGCUUUGAGAAAAGCUGGUCAUGAGAAAGAUCAAAGCCUUAAAGACAAGGAUGAUGCCAUUGAGAUGUUAGCAAAGAAGGUAGAGACGCUGACCAAAGCAAUGGAGGUCGAGGCAAAGAAGAUGAGAAGGGAAGUAGCUGCCAUGGAGAAGGAGGUGGCAGCCAUGCGUGUGGAGAAAGAGCAGGAGAACAGGGCAAAGCGAUUUGGUGGUAGCACCAAGGGCCCCGUUAGCGCAGCACAACUACUUCCUGGAAGAAACGUCGGACGAGGUGGAUUGAAUCGCAGCACUCAAUGACAAGAAAGAACCGAAUCUGCAUUUGUUCAACCAAGAGUUUCCACAUAGUUUAUGAUCUUUGCUCUUUUUUUUUUCACUCUAUAUUCUAUUUUCUUCCUCAUGAUUGAUCAUAGUAGUGUAACCCGCAUGCCAAUGAUCCUGUGUUCGUUAGAAUUGUUGCCAUUAUAGAAAGAGGAAACUGAGGAGGACGACGCUGCACGAGGAGGUAAUUGGAAAUGCAUCUGACUUAGGAUUGUGAUCCCGCUGUUUAGAGAUCAGAAAAGAAGGGGAGAAAGGGAAAAAAAGGUUAAAAAGGAAGAAUAGUUUGACUUGUUGGCUAACCAGCUUCUGUCAGGUUUGUUUUUUGAGUGAGCCAGUGAUUGUGUGAUUUGUAUAGGUAGUCUCUCUACUUAUUGGAAUCUUUAUUCUUGUUUCUUCUCUUGUCAUAUUCAGUUGAUAUAUGAUGAAAUCUGCAAUGUGUGUUGUUGGUUCAGGUAUUGUUAAUAUAUUCUUGUUAUCACACAAA